AUGGCAACGCAUGACUUUGCCAAUGGCCGACAAGGUUCUCUCCGCUUGACCGCAACAGAACCAACACCUCCGCGAACACCAGCACUCGCAGCAUUCGGACGAUCGACAAAAGGCGGAAUCGUCGUCUUUUCUGGAGGGAGUGCGGCGAAUAGUCUGGUUGAUGUGUUCCAUGAGAUUCGGGAAGCGAAUCAUAGUUGUUCGCUGAGUUAUGUUAUACCCAUCUCGGACAAUGGGGGGAGUUCGAGUGAGCUGAUAAGGGUGUUUGGUGGUCCUGGCAUCGGAGAUGUGCGCUCACGCUUGAUACGCCUGAUACCCAAUGAUGGCGACGAGGCGAAAGCCACGAGGGACUUCUUCAACUAUCGUCUACCGAAGGCGUACGCACCGGCGAGACUGGAGUGGCUGGACAUUGUCGAAGGUACCCACGGACUUUGGACUGGUAUCUCGAGUCCCAAGAAAGAGCUCAUUCGCAGCUUUCUCAACUCGAUCAAUACGGAGGCCAUCAAGCGGAUCCGGCCUACGAGUAGAUUCAAUUACUCUGGUGCGAGUAUUGGGAAUCUGUUCUUGACUGGAGCUAGAUUGUUCACCGGCAGCUUCGAGGCUGCGAUACACCUCGUGUCAAGCAUCUGCAAUGUCCCCGGUACAGUAUCGGUACUACCAGUGCUGAACACCAACUUCGCCCAUCACAUUGCUGCUGGCCUGGCUGAUAAUUCUGUAAUCGUUGGCCAGAACAACAUCAGCCACCCGAGUGAACGGGCUGUGGAUGUCAGUCACAUCCCGACUUCGCCUGGCCAGCUUCUCAGAGCACAAACAGAGGAACACGACAAAGUCGAAGAUGCGAACAUGCCGGGAACUUUACCAACCUUACGCAAGCCGGCCAUUGCCUUCUCCAAAGAAGACGAAGAGGAGUUGCCAGCUCGAAUCGAGCGUCUGUGGUACAUCAAUCCGUACGGCCAGGAGAUCACCAUACCAGCCAACCCACGAGUGCUUGAAGCAAUACGGAGCUCUUCGUGCGUGAUCUAUAGCAUCGGCAGUCUCUUCACCUCAAUCGUGCCAUCAUUAGUGCUUCGAGGCGUGGGUGAAGCAGUCGCAUCUCCUUCGAUCGGAACGAAAGUUCUGAUCCUGAACGGCACUCUGGAUCGAGAGACCGGUCCUUCCAACGACGCAUACACAGCUAUGGACUUUGUCGCUGCCAUCGCCAACGCUUGUGCAGACUCUCGUGGUUUAUCGAGACCAGACGCUUGUGACUACUGGCAGUAUGUUACGCAUAUCGUCUACUUGGACUCUCCGACUGGCCCGAGGAUCGACAAAGAUGCUUUCAAUAAGAUUGGCAUUGAGUCACUCCGGUGCUAUGGGCGCAAGGACGAGAAUGGCAAGAGCGGCCGCUACGAUUCGAGGGCGCUCACGCAAGCACUGGAGGCCAUCAUCGGGCGUAAAGAUCCGAGAGGCAUAUCGAGGCGUAAUACGCUCAUAGGAUGA